AUGGACGACCUCGUUGAAGAAGAUAUUGACAUAAUAAUGAAGGUAAUCGUAGUAGGCGAUGGAAGGAUUGGCAAGACCAAUUUAAUCACAAGAUUUGCCAGGAACAAAUUCUCCCAGGAGUAUAAAUAAGACCUUGGGAGUUGACUUCCUCCAAACCGAAAAAUUCAUUAAAGAACAUGGCCAAGAGAUCCAAUUCUAUAUCUGGGACACAGCUGGUCAGGAGGAAUAUGAUGCAUUGACAAGGAAAUAUUAUAAAGGAGCCAGCGCAUGCAUUCUUGCAUUUAGUACAGAGGAUCAGACCAGUUUUAAUAAUGUUAAAAGGUGGAAAGAAAAGGUUGAUAAUGAGUGAGGUGACAUCGCAAUGGCACUUGUUCAGACUAAAAUAGACUUAAAAGAUACCCAACCCUUUACUGAUGAGGAAGUUGAGCAGCUUUCUAGUGAUUUAGGUAUUAAACUUUUCCUAACUUGAUCGAAGGAUAAUAUUAAUGUUAGUGAAGUUUUUGAGUACCUUGGCAAUACUUUCUUAACAAAUAAACAGAAUAAGGGUGCCAGCCAAGCUGUUGAAUCUCAAGAUAAAAAGAAAAAGGAAGAAAAUAUUAGACUAGGAGUAGCCCCGGCGAAAAAGCAGAAGAAAGGGAAGGGAGGAUGGUUCAAAUGAAAUGUGUCAUAG